ACACUUGGUGCAAGCGAAGUGGCCAGGCAAGACGUCAUUUUCCAUCAGCCAUCUACCUUGUUAUGUUUGAGCCUCGUGUUCACAUGACUUCUUAGUCACGUGCACCAAGCCAUGAAAUACUCAACCUUCUGUAAUUUGGGUUAUUUCCAUGUUGCGUUGGUAGAGUGAAAGCUCUCCCGGUACAGUAAAACCAAGCUUACGCAUCACGUAAAUAAUUUUCGUCUACUCCGGUAUACUUCUGGAAACGACUAUAGAGUACUAAACAGUAAACUGCUGCUGUGGAGGAAAGUUAUUUGUAUUGGUAAUUCAAGCUUUUCAGGGAGGCUUGUGACUGUGGAUAAUUAUUUUCAUAAAGUUCGUGGCCUGUAUGAAACUAUUUUGAAUUCAGCUAAGAUGACACCAACACCAGCAGAAUUUAAGGACCAACAUACUGAAAAAACGCAUGGUGUUCCGUUUCUAAGGAAAUGUUGGCAAGAUCAUGGACAAAAAGAGAGCACCCAACAAAUUUUGAAAACUCUGAAGGAAAGAAUAAUGGUGAUGGAUGGUGCAAUGGGCACCAUGAUCCAGAUGCAUCGACUAGAUGAAGAUGCUUAUAGGGGAAUUGAAUUCAAGAAUCAUCCAUCUUCACUGAAAGGAAACAAUGAUAUUUUAACCCUAACUCAACCUGAAAUAAUCUAUAACAUCCAUAAAGCCUACUUAGAGGCUGGAGCUGAUUUUAUAGAAACUAAUACUUUCAGUGGCACAUCAAUUGCUCAAGCAGAUUACAAAAUGGAACAUCUGGUAUAUAGGCUGAAUGUGGAGGCAGCAAUAUUGGCAAAGAAGGCAUGUAAAGAAGUUGCAGCUACUACAGAUAAAAAGAAGUAUGUUAUAGGNUCAUUAGGCCCAACAAACAAAACUUUAUCUAUAUCGCCAUCUGUAGAACAUCCAGAAUACAGGAAUAUAACUUUCGAUGAACUUGUAGCAGCUUAUAUGGAACAAGUGAGAGGCUUGAUUGAUGGAGGAGUGGAUAUUCUGUUAGUAGAAACAGUGUUUGAUACUGCUAAUGCUAAGGCUGCAUUGUUUGCCAUUCAGAGUCUUUACGAUGAUGGUUAUGAAGCUUUACCAAUUUUUGUGUCUGGCACCAUAGUGGACAAAAGUGGACGUACACUUUCAGGUCAGACUGGUGAGGCUUUUAUUAUCAGUAUAUCACAUGCUGACCCAUUAUGCAUAGGAUUGAAUUGUGCUCUUGGAGCUGCUGAAAUGAGACCAUUUAUUGAAACCAUUAGCAAGAAUACUGCUGCCUAUACCAUUUGUUACCCGAAUGCAGGUUUACCUAACACUUUCGGUGAAUACGAUGAGACACCAGAUCAAAUGGCUGAACUCCUGCGGUCUUUUGCACAUUCUGGAUUUAUAAAUAUUGUUGGUGGCUGCUGUGGGACCACUCCACAACACAUUCAGGCAAUUGCUGAAGUAAUGAAAAACUACAGACCUAGGAUUCCACUAGAAUCACUUCAUAAAGAUCAUCUGCUAUUAUCAGGUCUUGAACCAGCAGUUAUUGAUAGUGGCAGACUCUUUGUAAACAUUGGAGAGAGAUGUAAUGUUGCAGGUUCAAGGCACUUUGCCAAACUAGUCAGAGAAGAAAGAUACCAGGAUGCCUUAGAAAUUGCCAAAACCCAGGUAGAAUCUGGGGCACAGAUUCUUGACAUUAACAUGGAUGAAGGAAUGUUAGAUGGAGAAAGAGCAAUGACAAAAUUUCUGAAUCUAAUUGCCACAGAACCAGAUAUAAGCAAAGUACCCCUGUGUAUUGAUUCCUCUAAUUUUAGAGUAAUAGAAGCAGGCUUAAAAUGCACCCAAGGAAAAUGCAUUAUCAACUCAAUCAGCUUGAAGGAAGGGGAAGAAGACUUUUUACACAAAGCUCAGAUCAUUAAGAAAUAUGGAGCAGCAGUCGUGGUUAUGGCCUUUGAUGAAAUUGGACAAGCAGCUGAUGAUGACAGAAAAGUAGUGAUCUGUACCCGCUCUUACAAUCUACUUGUACAUAAAGCUGGGUUUAAUCCAAAUGACAUUAUUUUUGAUCCAAACAUCCUUACUAUAGCAACAGGAAUGGAAGAACACAACACCUAUGGUAUUGAUUAUAUUAAUGCAACAAAAAGAAUAAAGAGUACUCUCCCUGGAGCAAGAGUCAGUGGUGGUGUAUCUAAUCUCUCUUUUUCCUUCCGUGGAAUGGAGAAAAUUCGGGAAGCAAUGCAUAGUGUUUUUCUUUAUCAUGCUAUCAAGGCUGGGAUGGACAUGGGUAUUGUAAAUGCAGGAAAGCUUCCACUUUAUGAUGAUAUUGAACCUGAGCUACUUCAUCUGUGUGAAAAUCUACUCUGGAACAGAGACCCCCAGGGUACUGAAAAACUUCUUGAAUAUGCACAGAAACAUGGAAAAAGUGAGAAAUCAGUUUCCAAAACAGUAGACUGGAGGCAAAAUUCUGUGGAGGAGAGAUUGGAAUAUGCUUUAGUGAAGGGUAUAGACUCCUUUGUAGAGCAGGAUGUAGAAGAGGCUAGACAAAUGAAGAAUUCUUAUCCUAGACCAUUGAACAUCAUUGAGGGUCCACUUAUGAAGGGGAUGAGUAUUGUAGGUGACCUUUUUGGUGCUGGCAAAAUGUUCCUUCCUCAGGUUAUAAAAUCUGCACGUGUGAUGAAGCGUGCUGUUGCAUAUCUGGUCCCCUUCAUGGAGAAAGAACGGGAGGAAAGACGUGCCCAGCAUUUUGGUUCAGAUUGGGAAGAGGAAAGCCCCUAUGUGGCCAGUGUGGUCCUUGCUACUGUUAAAGGUGAUGUCCAUGACAUUGGGAAGAACAUUGUUGGUGUAGUACUGAGUUGCAAUAAUUUCAGAAUAAUUGACCUUGGAGUAAUGACACCAUGUGAAAGGAUUAUCAAAAUUGCCAUUCAAGAGAAAGCAGAUAUCAUUGGGAUUUCUGGUCUUAUUACUCCAUCCCUCGAUGAAAUGAUUUUUGUAGCAAAAGAAAUGGAGAGAAUGGGAUUGAAAAUUCCUCUUUUAAUAGGGGGAGCUACUACUUCAAGGACUCAUACAGCUGUGAAGAUAGCUCCUCGCUACAGUCAACCAACAAUUCAUGUUCUAGAUGCUUCAAAAAGUGUUGUUGUGUGUUCUUCAUUAAUGGAUCAGAACAACAGAAACGAUUUUGUGGAAGAAAUAACUGAGGAAUAUGAGGAACUUCGGGAGGAACAUUUUGCAACAUUAAAAGAGAGAAAAUAUCUUUCUAUAGAAAAAGCAAGGCUUAGGAAAAUGACAAUUGACUGGCUUGCUGAUCCAAAACCAGUUACUCCAACAUUUCUGGGAACGAAAGUAUUUAAGAAGUAUGAACUCGGUCGGCUUGUUCCCUAUAUUGAUUGGAAACCCUUUUUUGAUGUAUGGCAGCUUCGAGGAAAGUAUCCAAACAGGGGAUAUCCAAAAAUCUUUAAAGAUACUACAGUUGGUGAAGAAGCAAAACGGCUUUUUGAUGAUGCUCAGAAAAUGUUGAAGACUAUUCUAGAACAAGGCCUUCUGGAAGCAAAAGGAGUUUUGGCAUUUUAUGCAGCCAGCAGUCAUGGUGAUGAUAUAGAUUUGUAUCCAGAAGAUAGAAUGCCACGUGGUAAACCAAUUGGCACAUUGCAUGGCCUUCGACAGCAGGUUGGAAUUAUUUUUAUGUAUCUCUCUCUGUCUGUAUAUAUCAGAAGUGAGCAGCCAGUGAUUCAUGAACAGCAAAAUUUAUGUACAUUGUUUGUUCCAUUUUAUUUUUAUUUCUGUAGGUUUGAGGGAGAAAUGGACGACUACAGUGUUAUAAUGGUUAAGGCUUUAGCAGAUAGAUUAGCUGAGGCUUAUGCAGAGGAACUGCAUGAAAGAGUGAGGAAAGAGUUUUGGGGCUACUGUUCUGAAGAACAUUUAGACUCUCAGGAAUUGCUUAAAAUUAAAUACCAGGGUAUUCGGCCUGCUCCUGGGUACCCCAUUCAGCCUGACCACACUGAAAAAUUGACCAUGUGGAAGCUAAUGGAUGUUGAGAAAGAAACAGGAAUCAAAUUAACAGAAUCUUUAGCCAUGCAUCCUGCAGCAUCUGUAUCAGGAUUAUACUUUUCUCAUCCUAGGGCUGUGUAUUUUGCUACAGGAAAACUUGCCAAGGAUCAGGUUGAAGAUUAUGCCAGACGGAGAGAUGUAUCUGUUGUAGAAGUCACAAAGUGGCUGUCACCUGUUUUGGCCUAUGAUCCUGAUUUAGAGUAGAUUAUACAAGUAUCUAUACAAUUUUCUUACCAGUUUUAUAUAUUCAUGGACAGAGUUUCUGCUUAUUUGAGUAGCAGUCAUUGGUAAAGGCAUUUUAUUGUAUAUUUUAAUCACAUUUUAUUAUUAUGGGCAUUUGAAGUUGCUACAUGUUUCAUUACAUUAUUUUACCUGAUUUAGUCAUAUUUUAUUUACUUUAUACAGUUCUUACUAUUUAACUAAACAGACUACACAAUAAAUUUCAUAUAAUAGGAUUUCAUUAUGUUCACACAUGCUCAAAAUAAUGAACAGUGAAUGAGACACUUGUCAAAAAACGUUUUUAAUCUUAACUACUACUAGGUAUGUAACAACUAUUAAGCAAAAUUGUUAAAAUAUUAAAUGCUCAUGAUGUCUUUUAGAAAAUGUUUAUAUUAUAUAUAUAUUUGAUUCAAAUUAAAAUAAUUUGUAUCACAUAAGUAAGCAGUUAUUAGUUUCUCAAGAAAACCAAAACCUCUGUAUUAAUGUUGUGAAUUCCAUUGGUGCAAGCCAUGAGGGGUAAAAAAACCUUUUACUUCAGUUGAAUAAUAACUAACAAAAGCUGAAAAUGAGAUUACAUAUAUUGGAUUUGUAAAAAUCUACAUAUUCUAAUAUGAUGGCAACUUCUAUUAAAAUUACUUGAAUACAAAUGUAAAACUAAAAGAAAAAUUCAAAAAAAAGAGAGAGAGAGAAAUCACAUUUUCUUGAGAAGUGAAACAUUCCAACAACUUUAUUAUUUUUUAUAGUUGUUUUUUGUAUAUGCAUUUUGACACAUCUUCAGUUUACUGUAGAAUAACUGGUUCUCUUGGUGGAAUGAAACAUCUAGAGAUGAUUCCAUUGCAGUGUAUUAUACAAUUAGUGUUGUGAGUAACGAUUGUUGCGAAACUACUACAGUGCCAAAUUAUGAGUGCUAUUUUUUUUAACCUUGUGUAUAUGAUCUUGUUUAUAUAUGACUAUGCUGUUCUAAAGAUUUUGUACAGUAUAGUGGUUCAUACCUUUGGAUGUGUAAAAAAAAAUCAAUUAAAAAUAUGCAAGUAUUGAUAUACUGUAAUUGGCACUGUGGUAUUUAACUGUUUAAUAUCAACAUACAUUGAUGAUAGAAUGUUUAAGAUUGAAAUAUUUGUAAAUGGAUCUUGCAUAAUAAUAUCUUAUUAGUAUUCAUCAAAAUGAAAAAUGCCAAAGACAGUAAUGAAUUUAAAGUCACGAAAAAUAUUUUAAGUGGGCAUCAGUGUGAAUAGUAAUUCAUCUUGGCUUGAAUAUAAUGAUACUUUGUACAAGGUAUUUAUAUCCACACAGGCAUAUUUCACGAGGUUAACUUUCAUUGUAAUAGCUUUAGUGAGCAGAAACUUUGUUCCAUAAUCAGGUAAUUUUUUAGUUUAUUUUGCACCUACUUCAUUCAAAAUCCAUGAUCCAAUAUUAAGUAAUAAAAAUUUGAAUGUUAGUUGAUGCCUUAUAAAAUAUCAACUACUAACAUUUGUUUAGACUUGGAUUUUACAUCUUGGACUAAACAACAUAUUCGUGUAAUGAAAUGAUACAGUGAUCAUUACAGUUAUUUAGUUGAUAUUUCAUAAACUGAAUACUAAAUAAUAUGAGAUCAAUAUAUAUAUUUUAGUCACAAAGGCAGUUAGUGUUUUUUGAAAUAAGUAUUAUCCAAGUACAAAGUAAUCACGAUUAGAAAGAAUUAUAUAUUUUCACAGCAUAGCUUUAACGCAUUGACAAUUUAAUGUAACCUUUUCAAAAAAUGUUAUAAAUUGUAAUACUUUUGUAUACAACUACAUUUUUGUAUUUUAUCUCCAUAAAGAUUUUAUUAAAA